AUGCCUCCGAAACCAAUGAUUACCAGCGUACCAGCUGGGUUCCAGGGCAUGUGGCGAUUGGAUCCAACUCUGAAUAGGGGCGAAAGCACCCCUAUUCAAGCAAUUACUAUGGCCGGUGGUUUUUACUCUGGUGGUGAAGACAGUGAUGACGAUGGUGGAGAUGACGACGGUGAUGACGAAAACCAAAGUGAGAACGGCACCCCCAACCAAGCACCGCCUUUACAAUCGAAUACGCAAGGAAGACCAAGGAAGAAGCGCAAAAGUAAAGGAGAAGAGGAGGAUAUACUACAAGGGAAUGGAAGGAGUCGAGUUAUGAGUCCGGGCGACUAUAUCAUACUCUUGAAGAUCUGCCUACGGAUGGCAGACACAUAUCGAUCACCAGAAGCAGCUACAUUCUUCAAGAAUGUAGCUGCCGAUUGGAUGAAAGAGACUGGCAAAGAGCACAGAACUCUUCAUCAAGUGCUUAGGAGAGGUAUUGCCGCACGGCGGAAAUACCUUGAGGAUCUUGGUAUUGGCGAGCAAGACGGCCGAACGGAACGGGAGUCAUACGAGGACAACUGGAUAGCUGUCCUCGAUGCUGAUGCCACUGUUAUCCGCGAGCGAAGAGAGCACCAAGGCAAUAUUGGUGCCAAGAGCGAAGCUUCUUUCCUCGCCCAUGCGGCAAUGCUUCUUACAAUGAAGGGGAAGCGGUCUAUCAACCCGCCAGUGCCUUCGCCUUCCAGCACGCCAGGCACAGCAAUUGUCGUUAUCAUUGAUGACGAUGAUAUUCAAUCUUCUCCAUCACCACUUGACCGUUCUUACCAGCCUUCUCCUUCGCCGCAUCCAUCUGUUGCUUCUCGGCGUUCUCAGAUGCAUAACGCCGCCAUCCAGGAUAACGACAAAGAAGAGCGCCUCUUCUCUAUGGUAGAAGAUCUAGUGAAGACGCUCUCUUUACCACCGCCUCUACAUCCAGAGGCGCUAGAUGGGAACUUCGAAUUCCACUUGAAGGCUCAAGAGGAGCGGCUUCAAGCUGUGUUCGCCACUCAGUUUGAAGAUAUUCGAAGAGAACAGCAGCGGAUGUUCUCUUCGUUCUCUUCGAUGAUAGAGUGGAUGGGCAUGGGACAACGGGAUUGAUUACUAUGUAGCUAGCUAUUCUAAUAUAUACAAAUACUCUUCAAUUGAUGGCGAACUGACUUUGAAUCGAUGUGACCGAUACGCUGGAUCACCAUAUAGGAAGAGCCAUUCAGAAUCUUCUUUGCCUUCCAUAAUCUGCUCAAGUUUGGCUUCGCAGCCAGACUCUUGCCACAUCAUCCAAUCGUUUGCCGUUCCAAGAAAGGGGCCACAGACCGACGACGCCAAACCAUCUGGUGUUACAACAGCUUGCCAUUGCUGGCCAUGCUGACGCUUAUGGCCGUUAUAUACUGCAGGCUGGGCUUC